UCGUCCGGUGAAACGAAAUAAGAAGAAAAGAAAAAAGAAAGUAAAGAAAAUAAAAAACGACACCCGCCAUUGGCCAACCAAUACGGCGCACGAUAGCAGAGACCCUCAUUUUGGGGAACCGAAGCCGAAGCCUAAACACAGAAACACGUUCUGAAAGUAAACUGAAAACCUGAGAUCACGCCUCGUCAUCCGUGAAACACAGCCCGGCGCACGUUAACAAAAGGGCAGACUCCCAACCAACAGAAUCUUCUUCCUUCUUCUCCAAACUUCCUGAAGCUCUCUUCUCCGUCUCCGAUCACUCGACUUCGCAGGGGCGUACGCAGAAGAGAAGUGAUCGAGGAACACUGCCGAGGAUUACUAGCAAUAACAUGAUGAAAAGGAAAAUUCCAUCUUUGGUUGAUCUGUGUGUUUUUACCGCAAUUGAUAAUUUAAGGUACCUUGGGGAUGUUGGAGAAACAGAUUUGUAUCUCCUCGAUCGGAUUUUACCCCAUUGUACAGUUGACCAAUUGAUGCAUGUCGAAAAGUUCUCAGAAGGAAGAGACUUGAGUCCGGUAACUGACAAGUUGUGGAAAAAGAUCUACGAAAAGGAGUUUGGUGUUGCGAAUGCUAAGCUCGUUGUUGAGAGGAUGGAGAAGAGAAAUGUCAGGCAUAAAUGGAUAAAGUUGUAUGAGGCAAAAAAGAAGGAAGUGGAUGCGGCUCAAAAUGAAGCUUUUGACCGCAUUGCACAACGAUAUAAGGAAGCAGAUGCUUUAAAACAAAGUCGACAAGUUCGUCUUUGCACAAAGGUUCCUCCUUCAAGCAAAAGAAGCUUUUUUGGAGGGAGUGGACCUAGCUAUAAUGUGUCCAACGUGAAGAGCAACAUAAUGAAGAAAGCAAAAAUAGAUUAUCUUAAGAGCAAUGAGGUGAAAAAUCUUGCAGCUAUGAAGAAAAAUGCUCUGAGGAAAAACCAUCGUGCCCCUCCCAUGAUGAAGCCAGAUACAUUUUCUGGCAAGGAUGUAGCUUCAACUUCCAAACGCAUCAAUCCUGUCGCAAAAAGAUUUUAGAAGUAUCUUUUCCAACAUAUGGCAUUGCUGUGAAGAGAGCAAUCCUUGACGGUAAGUCUUGGGUUCGCAGUGUACCAAAUGGAACGUGCUCUUUCUUUGAGGAGUCUUGGUGGUU